GGCGCGGGAGCCGCGCGGGCUGCAGAAGCCUCGGCGCGGCGGCGGCGGCGGCGGCGGCGGCGGCUCCCGGGCUGUGGUGCUCCCGGGCUCCCCGACUCCCGGAUUGCGGUGCUCCCGGGCUCCCCGGCUGCGGUGCUCUCCGACUCCCGCGCUCCCCCACUCGGAGCCUCUCGGCGGGCGGCAGCCCGAGCAGCAGCAGCCGCCGCCGCCGCCGCCGCAGCAGUAGCAGAGGCGGCGGCCGCCCCAGCCCAGCCCCGCGCCGCCGCGGAGCGCGGGCCCCGGAGCCGCCGCGGCGCCUCAAGUUCCCGCCAUGAGCGCCCGGCGCCCCCACGGCUCACUGCCGGCCCGGCGCCCCCGCCGCGCCCCGAGGCCCCGCCGCGCCUAACGCCGCCGCCGCCGCCGCCGCCGCCGCUCCAGCCGCCCCGGCCCCGCCGCGCCGCCCCGGCCGCCGUCGCCCGCAGCAUGUCUCGGAGGAAGAUCUCGUCCGAGUCCUUCAGCUCCCUGGGCUCCGACUACCUGGAGACCAGCCCCGAGGACGAGGGCGAGUGCCCCCUGGCCAGGCUCUACUGGAACGGCAGCCGCAGCCCGCCCGGAGCGCCCGAGCCGCGCGCGCCCGCCGCCCCGGCCCCGGCCCCGGCCCCGGCCGCGGCCCCGGUCCCGGCCGCGUCCGCCGCCGCCGCCGCCGCCGCCGCCACCGCCGGGGCCCGGAGGGUUCAGCGCCGCCGGCGGGUCAACCUGGACUCCCUGGGCGAGAGCAUCAGCCGCCUGACGGCACCCUCGCCUCAGACGAUACAACAGACUCUCAAGAGGACCUUGCAGUAUUAUGAACAUCAAGUUAUAGGUUAUAGAGACACAGAAAAGAAUUUCCACAACAUCUCUAACAGAUGCUCCUAUGGAGAUCAUUCCAACAAAGAAGAAAUUGAAGAUGUCUCAGGAAUUCUUCAGUGCACUGCUAAUAUACUCGGUUUGAAGUUUGAGGAGCUCCAAGAAAGGUUUGGAGAGGAAUUCUUCAACAUAUGCUUUGAUGAGAAUGAAAGAGUCCUUCGGGCUGUUGGUGGUACAUUGCAAGACUUCUUCAAUGGCUUUGACGCUUUGCUGGAACACAUUAGAACUUCUUUCGGGAAACAGGCCACCCUGGAGUCCCCCUCCUUCCUGUGCAAGGAGCUGCCUGGAGGUUCUCUGAUGCUCCACUACUUCCAUCCCCACCAGACCGUGGGCUUGGCCAUGCUGGGGAUGAUCAAGGCUGCUGGAAAGAAGAUCUACCGGCUGGACUUGGAAGUGGAGCAGGUCGCGAAUGAGAAAACGUGCUCUGACGGCGCAGACUUGGACAACUGCAGCUGCCUCACUUUCUCCAUCAAAGAAUGCGAGAACAGCAACAGCAGGAAGAACCUUGCCCCAGGGGCCUCACAGACGCCCGAGGACCUCAGGAUCAGCAUCAGCACCUUCUGCAGGGCCUUCCCGUUCCACCUGAUGUUUGACCCCAGCAUGGCCGUGCUGCAGCUGGGGGAAGGCCUGAGGAAGCAGCUCCGCUGCGACCCCCACAAGGUGCUCAAGUUCCAGGAUUGCUUCGAGAUCGUGUCUCCAAAGGUGAACGCCACCUUUGAAAGGGUCCUGCUGCGGCUGUCCACCCCUUUUGUGAUUCGGACCAAGCCCGAGGCCUCUGGCACUGAAAAUAAAGACAAGGUGAUGGAAGUCAAGGGACAGAUGAUCCAUGUCCCAGAAUCGGAUUGCAUCCUCUUCCUGGGCUCUCCGUGUGUGGACAAGUUGGAUGAACUCAUGGGGCGAGGGCUGCAUCUCUCGGACAUCCCUAUCCACGACGCCACUCGAGACGUCAUUCUGGUGGGUGAGCAGGCCAAGGCCCAGGAUGGCCUGAAGAAGAGGAUGGACAAGCUCAAGGCCACUCUAGAAAGAACCCACCAAGCCCUGGAAGAAGAGAAGAAGAAAACGGUGGAUCUCCUCUACUCCAUUUUCCCCGGCGACGUAGCCCAGCAACUGUGGCAGGGGCAGCAAGUCCAGGCCAGAAAGUUUGAUGACGUCACCAUGCUGUUCUCAGACAUCGUGGGCUUCACGGCCAUAUGUGCCCAGUGCACCCCCAUGCAGGUGAUCAGCAUGCUCAAUGAGCUCUACACCCGCUUCGACCACCAGUGUGGCUUUCUGGAUAUUUACAAGGUGGAAACAAUAGGUGAUGCUUACUGUGUGGCCGCAGGCCUGCACAGGAAAAGCCUUUGCCAUGCCAAGCCCAUUGCUCUGAUGGCCCUGAAGAUGAUGGAGCUCUCAGAAGAGGUGCUGACGCCAGAUGGCAGACCCAUUCAGAUGAGGAUCGGCAUUCACUCGGGCUCUGUGCUGGCCGGAGUUGUCGGGGUGAGGAUGCCUCGAUAUUGCCUCUUUGGAAACAACGUCACUCUGGCAAGCAAAUUCGAAUCAGGAAGUCAUCCUCGGCGCAUCAAUGUCAGCCCAACCACAUACCAAUUACUGAAACGGGAAGAAAGUUUCACGUUCAUUCCUCGGUCGCGCGAAGAGCUUCCAGACAACUUUCCAAAGGAAAUCCCCGGGAUCUGCUAUUUCCUGGAGCUCAGGACUGGGCCAAAGCCCCUGAAGCCUUCCCUUUCCUCCUCGAGAAUCAAAAAGGUUUCCUACAACAUCGGCACCAUGUUCCUCCGGGAGACCAGCCUCUGAGGCCCGCGGCCGGCCACAAAGACUCCUCCCAAAAGCACAAGCCCAAAUCUUGGGUCACGACGGCAAACGUGGAAAAAAGGUUUCGCCCCCGCUGCUUCUCGAGAAAAAGCAGUGGGGCUCCUGUGCUCUGCCAGGCAAUAAUCCCAGAACCAGGUGGGUGAGGACGCCAGCCGACUGGCAGGCAGGGGUCGGGCUGUGCCCUUCCACGAGUGCUGUGCUGUCUGUCCAUCUCCGUGCACUUCUGUUCCCGUCGCAACCCUCUCUCCAGGGAGACCAGC